GCGAGGGCGGCCCACGUCGGGAAGAUGGCGCUGUGUGUGCUGCGGAACGCGGUGCGCGGAGCGGUGGCGCUGCCCAGGCUGAAGGCAGCCCUCGAGGCCAGUGUCUGCAGGCCUGGGUACAGCUCCUUGUCCGGUCACAAGUAUGUUCCUCGGAGGGCAGUGCUGUACGUGCCUGGGGACGACGAAAAGAAAAUACGCAAGAUCCCGUCCUUGAAAGUCGACUGCGCGGCGCUGGACUGCGAGGAUGGCGUGGCUGAGAAUAAGAAGGUACCGACUGGCCUGGUUUCCCGAUGGAGGGAGGCUGGGCUGCGUCCACUGCUCCUGAGCCCUCACUGCUCACUGUUGGCCGGUGUCAGCACUUUGUGUCGGUUCUCAUGCUUGCUGUUAUGUGCCUUCUCUGAAAGAAGGACGCGUCCCAUCAAAAAUAUAACUUAA